AUUGUGCUGCGAUAUCGAGGACAAUCAUCCCUGUCGGUUUCUCACUCUCCUCGCCAAAUUUCACCGACAGAUCCCCCAUCAGGAAUUUUCUAGCCUCAGAGCUUCACUGUUUGCCUACAAGAUACUUCUUUCAACCCCAACGAAUUCGCAUUCUCGCCCGCAAAAAAAAGGCGCAACCCCGCCAAAAUGUCGUUAACCAAUUGUCGGUUCUACGAGGAGAAGUAUCCGGAGGUGGAUAGCUAUGUUAUGGUCAAUGUGAAACAGAUUGCCGAGAUGGGCGCCUACGUGAAGCUCCUCGAAUAUGAUAACAUCGACGGAAUGAUCCUACUCUCCGAACUUUCGCGAAGACGUAUCCGUAGUAUCCAGAAGCUUAUCCGUAUUGGCCGCAACGAGGUUGUUAUUGUGCUCCGUGUGGACAAGGAGAAGGGCUACAUCGAUCUGUCGAAGAGACGAGUUUCUCCGGAGGACGUUAUCAAAUGCGAGGAGAGGUACAACAAGAGCAAGGCGGUGCACUCAAUCUUGCGGCAUGUUGCAGAGGCCACCCAGACCCCGCUCGAGACGCUAUACCAGCAGAUCGCGUGGCCACUGAACCGGAAAUACGGCCAUUCCCACGACGCAUUCAAGAUUUCGAUCACGAACACCGAAGUUUGGACCGAUGUCGAGUUCCCCAGCGAUGCUGUUAAGAGAGAGUUGACUGAAUACAUCGGAAAGCGUCUUACGCCUCACCCAACGAAAGUGCGUGCCGACAUUGAAGUUACUUGCUUUGGUUACGAAGGUAUCGACGCGGUCAAGACCGCUCUGCGGACCGCUGAAGCGGAGAACACCCCUGAAAACCAAAUAAAGGUUAAGCUGGUUGCUCCUCCGCUCUAUGUCCUGACAAGCCAGUGCCUGGACAAGACCUAUGGUGUGAAGAUGCUCGAAGAGGCCAUUCAAAGGAUUGAAACCACAAUUAAGGGCGCGAAUGGUGCUUGUACGAUCAAGAUGGCUCCCAAGGCUGUUACGGAGCACGAUGAUGCGGCUCUUCAGGAGCUCAUGGAGAAGCGCGAGCGUGAGAACAUGGAGGUCAGCGGAGACGAGAGCCAGUCUGAUAGCGAUGAGGGCGUCCCCGAGUAAGACUGUGCGUCAUUUUCAGCACCGUCCCUGGGACUUGGCUAGAAAAAAAGGGUCCGAGAUGGUCUAGAUUACACGUAUCGCCGUGUAUCGUGUCGCGCUGGGAGCAAUUCUGGGGUCAGUUGGGUUGUCGGGUAGAAGGGCAAAAAGUUCAUUAGAAGUUUUCCAAACGUGUCACGACUUAUGAGACGAAGGACGGAUUAGUUCGCAUGGAGGGGAGGUCUGGAUCAGCAUCAGUGUUCCGAGGCGAACCUGCGUGACUGGGAUUGAGGCGUUCUGUCUGUACGACGUUGUGCGUAUCCUCGAUCUGUGGAUAUAGUUUUCAUGCCCAGAUGGUUGGGGUUGGGAACUUCCAUUUUAUCGUUAUCCUACUAUUUCCGAUGUAAAUAAGCUUUCUCAUCAGUGAUUCACCGCCGGUGGACCGGCUUAGACAUCUAAAGUGCUAUCAAAAUUCCU